AUGCUAUCAGCACCAUUGACCAGGGCCCAUGCAACCGAUACCUCAGUGCAUCCGUCCAUCGACGCUUCGGAAGUAUCAGGGCUAUCCGCAUCCUCUACACACAAUCUCAGUGGCUUCUUGGGCCAGAGCUCGCCUACUUCUCUCACUAGACAUUACACUUCGCUCCAAGAGCAUGCCGACCAGAUUACUGGCAGAGAGAGUGCAGCGAAAGACGAAGGGCUCACUCCAAGACAAGUCAAUAGGCGGGAGGGGUUUAGCUGGAGCCAACAACCGAACCUUGAAGAUGAGAGGAGGCAUAGUCGCAACCCGAUGCCGAUAGAGCAAGAACGGCCAAGCUCACCUCCACCACUCGAGGAGAUCGUUCGCAGAACGACCAUCGACGAUGCAGACCAUCUCCAGAACACCCAGCUUCGACACAUGGACAGUAUGGAGUCACGCGCUUCUGGAACUAGCCAUCAGACUGUUUCCAUCGCUGCGUCUACGGAAACUAGUGAUUCCUACAUCCGCGAUAAUAGAAGAUCCUCUAUAACGGCUUUUGCCAAGGGCAUGGUACAGCAUGUACCCAGCUUGAGAAUGCUGCAUCCUCAAGAGAGCAAGGAAGACCAGCAGCGACGAGACUCUGGAGAUGGAGCUUCCAUGAAACUGCACAAGAAAGAUCGUGUGCUAUCAUUUGCACCGCCUCCACUCGUCAAGUCGAAAGAAUCAUAUGAGAAGGCGUCAAAACCAUCCGUCGUUGUUGAGGAGCCAUUGACACCAGUAAGAGCUCCGUCAACUCCAGUAGAUGCUGCAACUAUACCAUCGAGCCCACACUCGAUCCCAAAAGGCGGACUCCGAGACCGCAGAAAGGUCAAACUUGAUCUCUCAAUGCCAACUGAGACGCCAGACCUACCCGCUCGCGGCCGUUCACCCAUGGAUAUAACGGGCAGUCUCGGCGCCCCACGCGCGAGAAGUCCGAAAACACCAUGGGUUCGGAACGAGCAACCAAAGUGGGAGCCAGCCAUGAUGACUAAGUCUGCGCCGAUUCCUGAAAAGAACUACAUCGGCGACAACACCUCGGCGCUAAGAAACGGCAACCAUGGUGGCAUAGGCCUUCUACCCGACACGGAUAUAAUCUUCUCUUCACAAAUCCCAAAGUUCGAACGACCGCUGCCGAAGGUAAGAGAUCGGUGCUAUAUCAGCCGUCCAAAGUCCAAGAGAGCGAGAAGCGGCAGGAGUGACAAAAGUGGUACGAGUGCAAGUGAUUCAAUGCUAGCUCAGACACCGGACGGCAACUGGACACCUGCAGAAGAGAAGGCGUUCAAAGAGCAACAAGCCCAGACGAAAGUAGAGCUGCAGAAGAUAGCUUGUGAAUCCAAGGCAACCCGCUCACGACGCUGGACGUGGCGGGGUAAAACUUCCAGUGAAGAUGCUCCUCCUUCUUCUCCUGGACCAACGGAACCUAUGAGCCGCCGCUUCUCUAUCAACCCAUUCAGACGCUCAAAUCGGAUCUCGGACCAGACCGGUGCAGAAGCAACCAAACAACCAGCCUCAUCUCCGUUUCGUCCUACUCGCGGCAAACAUGUACCUCCACCAACGUCCCUUGCACAUAUUCAUGUCCCGCCUACUUUCAUUCCACCUGGCGUUCAGCGUGUACCCACGCCACCCAUGUUCGAUGCUAAUGGUGAAGUCAAAGGCAAGUUGGCAGAUUUCUUCUUCGAUGUCCAAGGCGGCGGCGGCAUGAACAUUCGUACGAAACACAAGCCCAGUCCUGGAGGCUACUGGGACUCUGAUGCUCUGCUCAUGAGUCUAUCAAGCGACAUCGACAACUAUGAAGACGAGGAAAAAGACGAAGGUCCCGAAGGUCCACGCAGCGAUAUCGUCUACACACCUGUCGACUUUGAACCGAAUGGCACACCUAGACUUACAGCGACCAUGAACAACAUUCAAGGCAACAACGCAGGCUACCUCAGCGUCAAACCACCAGCUAGCCCUUCAUUAGCAGCAGCGUCUCCAAUGCUCGGCCAUGAUGGUUGGUACCGCGUCCACCAGUCACACUUUUCCGAUGCACCUGAUGAACGCGUCCUCACAGCCCUUGCCCACCAAGAAGAAGAAGAACGCCGCAAGUUCGAAUGGCUUGUCCCCGAACAUCUUCCCAAUAGUCCUUUGUGCCCUCUACAUCAAAAGUACAAGGGGCCCAGUGCCGGCUUGUGCUACUGGCAUGGACGUAGGUCCGGUAAUAAGAUUAGGAAGGGGGAGUAUGGUAGUGUGGGAGUAAAAGCUGCUGGAAAGAGUAUGAGUGGAAGUAGUGGACACAGCAAGGAUGACUAUUAUGCUGGGGAUAUGGGGGUCGUCGGGACGCCGGGACUUGCGGGAACGCCUACUAGGGAGGUGAAGAAGAGGAGAUUGAUAAGUCUGUCCAAUUCUUGA